ACUCUUUAUCACGCAGGUUCACGCCACUUUUAGUACACGGCCCUUGCUGUCCAGAGAUAGAAAGAUUAGUCUGUUUUUGAGUGCUGGACCAGACACUUAAAUAUUCACGUUUCCACCAAUUUCAUUCCAUAAAGAUCAAGGAAUUUCAAUCGAGGAUUGCAGUGCAAACAUUUCCUAAAAAUGGCCUCCAGGAAAUCCAAAAAAGUCAUGAAAAUAACGGCUGGCACGUUAACGGUCCUCUGUAUUUUGGGCCUGACACUCGGCUUGGUCCUUUAUGGCUUUGUCAACGAGCCCGAAAUGCCUUUCGGGCCUCCAUCGUCCUCUAGACUGGGCAAAUAUCAAACAGCGGCCGUGAGUUCCGACGGCGUUCCCUGCUCCGAUAUCGGCAGGGACGUUUUGAUUGAGGGUGGCAAUGCCGUCGACGCCGCCAUCGCCGCAAUGUUUUGCACCGGAACGGUCCAUCCGCACACUUCCGGCAUUGGAGGAGGUGUCUUCAUGACCAUCUACGAUCCCGAAACUAAAACGGGCUACACUCUCGACUCCCGAGAAGUAGCGCCUCUUGCGGCGACGGAAAACAUGUUCAACGGCAACAGUUCCCUCUCGCAAAAAGGUGGACUAGCUGUCGCCGUACCGGGCGAAUUGGACGGUUUCUGGAAAGCCCACCAACGAUUUGGCCUUUUGAAAUGGUCCCGACUGAUCAUGCCGUCCGUCCUGUUGGCCGAAAGAGGAAUAACCGUCAGUCGCCACUUGGCCAACGCAGUGAAAGACAAAUCGGCUGAAAUCAAAGCCGAGCCUUCCAUGUGGUACUUCCUGAAUGGAGAAACGGGCGAAGUGUUGGCGGAAGGUGAAACCUUGAAGAGGCCGGCCUAUGCCAAAACCCUUCGAGACGUCGCCCAGUACGGCGUGGAAGCGUUUUACAACGGGACGAUUGGAGACAAGACAGUCGAGGAUAUCCGGAAGAGGGGCGGAAUCAUUACCAAACAGGAUUUAAGCCAAUACAGUGCCGAAUGGAUGGAACCCGUCAAAGUGGAACUCAAAGACAACCUUGUGAUGUACUCGAUGCCUCCACCGGGCUCCGGAGUCCUGGCCGUCUACAUUCUAAACACUUUAGACAUUUUCGCUCAAGAGAGUCAAGCCAGAACAUCCGACACGGAGCCGCUGACAUACCACAGGAUGGCCGAGGCCUUCAAACACGCCUACGCCCAGCGGGCCAAACUUGCCGAUCCUCGAUUCGAACCCGAAGUUACCGAGUUGGCAAAGAAUUUGACAUCAGAGGAAUGGGCUAAGGACACCCGGGCCAAGAUCAAUGACUCGUUCACAUCUAACGAUCCGGCCUUCUACGGAGCCGUGACGUACACUCCGGACGAUAAGGGAACAUCACACACGUCCGUUUUGGAUGGCAACGGGAUGGCCGUCUCGGCAACGACAACCGUCAAUCUCUAUUUUGGCGCCGGAUUCACGUCGGAGCAGACGGGCAUCAUCCUGAACGACUGUAUGGACGAUUUCUCGUCGCCCAACGUGACCAACGCCUUUGGAGUGCCGCCCAGUCCGGCCAACUUCAUCAAACCGGGCAAGCGGCCAUUGUCUUCGAUGACGCCCACCAUCGUCGUCAAUGCGACGACCAACAGAGUCCGUUCGGUCGUUGGCGCCUCCGGUGGCACUAAAAUCACCACUUGCGUCGUUUACACUAUCAUCCAAAAUCUGUGGUUCGGCAAGUCCAUCAAAGAGGCCAUCGACAGACCGAAAAUUCACCACCAACUGUUUCCGAUGACGUUUCAAUACGAAACCGGAUUCCCAAAGGAUAUCACCGACGAGAUGGUGAUGAAAAAUCACGUCCUGGACGAGUACCAGGGCCUGACUGCCGUUCACGGCAUUACGUUGGAAUUGGACGGCUAUAUUUACGCCAACGCCGAUUACCGCAAAGGCAGCGAAGUUGCCGGAAUCGAUCCAGUCGAUUAGAUAAAUCCAUUUGACACGUCGGAAUGUAAUAAUAAAAUAAAAUAAAAAAACAAUUGAAUAUAUUCUACUUUUGAACGUC